AUGUCCUUCAGUUUCGGCGGGACUUCGGCGGCGGGCGGCUCGUCGACGCCCGCUACGACGGCGCCAUCACUGUUCGGUGCUUCUGGGGCGGGCACCACGAGCGGCACCCCUUCGUUCUCUUUUGGUAGUGCCGGAACCAGUGCUGCCCCCGCGGCAUCCUCACAGCCUGCUACGUCUGGCGGCGGUCUCUUCGGCGGCGCUGCUUCGACAGCAAAGCCAGCUACCGGCACAUCGCUGUUUGGUGGUACUUCAACUGGUGGCGGAGGUCUGUUUGGCUCAACACCCACUGCUGGCUCCACGACGCCCAGCUCGGGUGGUCUCUUUGGCGGAGGUGCCGCAGCAGCAAAGCCUGCCACGACCGGCCUGAGCUUUGGCUCUGCUACGCCGGCUACAGCUGGCACCGCUGCACCCAAGAGUCUUUUCGGUGCCACGCCUGCUACCAGUGCUCCAUCGGGCACGACAACGCCGAGCUUUGGUGGCUUUGGCACUGCAGCCUCCUCCGCGCCGGCAGCCGCUGGUACAACUGCUACUACAACUGCAGGCGGCCGGGGCGGCGGCCUGUUUUCUGGAGCCGGCUCUGCUACACCUGCGAAGCCCUUAUUUAGCGGACUGGGGUCGACCACCCCCGCCGGGGCACCGCCAGUUUCAACAAAGCCUGCAUCUACUUCACUGUUUGGUAGCACGUCCGCGGCGCCUGCGGCUGCUGCUGGAACUACUAGCGCCCCUUCGGGUGGCUUGUUUGGUGGCGCUGCCACAUCCCAGGCCGCAAAGCCCAGCAGCUUGUUCCCUGCUACAACGAGCACUGCACAGCCAGCCACGACCACAUCCGCGACAACUCCCUCGCUCUUCGGCGCCAAGCCGGCCGCUGCGUCGACCACCCCGGCUACCACGGCUAGCACGGGCGGUUCUCUGUUUGGUGCUGCUGCACCUGCAACCACAACUGCCGCUGCGCCGUCUGGUGGUCUGUUUGGUGGUGGUACGACAUCGACCCCUGCCACCACUUCCGCUCCUGCCGCUGCCGGUGGCCUCUUUGGCGGUGGCUCUGCCACGGCCACGACCACUACGGCUCCUGCAGCCGGUGGUCUGUUUGGCCUCGGCGGCGGUACCUCUACUGCUACAGCAACCCCCACCACUACUUCAACAGCUGCGCCAGCUGCCUCGACGCCCUCGCCGUUUGGCGCUAAGCCAGCUGCCACACCUGCCACUACAACUGCUCCUGCCGCGGCGUCUGGCGGGCUGUUUGGCGGCGGCGCGACUGCUACAACCACUCCGGCAUCGACUACUGCUCCUGCUGCCGCGGCUACGGCCGGCGGUGGUCUCUUCGGCGCAAAGCCGGACGCUUCUACCGCUGCACCCGCCGCUGCUUCAACUACGACGACUGCGCCUGCGACUGCGACCGUCACUACCGCGACAACCUCUGCCGCUACCGGCGCUGCCGCAUCCACUCCAUCAACCACAGCCCUUGGUAGCUCCACCACGGGACCUACCUCACAGCUGGCACGGUUAAAGAACCGCACCAUGGACGAAAUUAUUGGUCGCUGGGCGACUGACCUGGACAAGUACCAAAAAGAGUUCCAGGGCCAGGCGUCGCGCGUCAAGGAAUGGGACCAGAAGCUCGUGGAGAACGGCGAGAAAAUUCAAAAGUUGUACCUCGAGACAUACGAGGCAGAGCGUGCCAGCAACGAGAUUGACCGGCAGCUGCAGUCGGUGGAGAGCCAGCAGGACGAGCUAGCGGCAUGGCUGGACCGGUACGAGCGCGAGGCCGAGGAGCUGCUCAGCCGGCAGAGCGGGCCAGGCGAGCAGCUCACGGGCCCUGACCAGGAGCGCGAGCGGACGUACAAGCUGGCGGAGCGGCUGAUUGACCGCAUGGACGAAAUGAGCAAGGACAUGACCAAGAUGAUCAAGGAGAUCAACGACAUUUCGGGUAGCCUGAGCAAGACGGGCAAGACGGACGAUCCUCUGAGCCAAAUCGUACGGGUGCUCAACGGCCACUUGAGCCAGCUGCAGUGGAUCGACACCAAUGCAGCGGCCCUGCAGGCCAAGGUCGCGGCGGCCAAGAAGACAGAGGCCAACCUCGGCGGGUCGCACAGCGGACUGGAGAACGACGUAGCCGAGAGCUUCUACCGCUCGUACAUGGCCCGGCGGUAA